GCAUCUUUUCGCAUCGUCUUCUACGUGCAUAUGGAAAGAAAAUUGAUCUCCUACACCUUGCAUCACUUGAUGUCAUCUCCUAUAUAUAUAUAUAUAUACAGGCUAAUUAGAAAUUAUAAUAGCCAAAAAUAAGACCAGGCCCUUAUUAUAUAUAGGCAUGUCUAGUUUGGUUUCCCUUUCUUUUUGGUAUCUCCCUUUCUUUCUCUCUCUCUCUUUUACGAUACAAUUUUCUUGCGGUUCUUUCUUUCCUUCAAGAUUCUUCUCUAUUAUUUGCUGGCCUGCUUGGUGUUUCAUCUCCCUUGUGUAGCAGUGAAAGAAAAACAGUACAGCAUGCUGGAAAAUGUGCUUGAAUUCUGUUAAUUCUUUCUACAGAGUCUGUGAAUUUUGAUUUCAAUUUUUUCAGCUGUCAUUGGCCGACCUAGAAGAGGUUGGAUACUCAGCAUAUGACAGGUCUACACUCGAGGUUCGAAUGGACAAGAGAAUCAUAAAUACAAUUCCUGCUGUGCUAGAGUACAACCUCAGUGAGACGGUUGAGUUCUAGAAUUUUAGAGAUUUGUUAAUUUCCCUUUUAUUGUAUAUACUAUUCUAGCCAGAAAACACACAUUACUAGAGUCUAUUAGGAGGAUUUGGUUUCAUUUACGAUGGAUCGAAAAGAGAAUGUGUUGAUGCAGAGAUAUGAUUUCGGGAGAUUCUUAGGCCAGGGUAACUUUGCUAAGGUUUACCAUGGAAGGAACCUUAAAAGUGGUCAAAGUGUUGCUAUUAAGGUCAUUGAUAAGGAGAAGAUUCUGAAAGUGGGGCUGAUUAAUCAGAUCAAGAGAGAGAUAUCCAUUAUGCAACUUGUUAAACAUCCAAAUGUAUUGCAGCUUUAUGAGGUUAUGGCCUCAAAAUCCAAGAUUUACUUUGUCAUAGAAUAUGCUAAAGGCGGUGAGCUUUUUAAGAAGGUGGCAAAAGGAAGGCUCAAGGAAGAUGUGGCAAGAAACUAUUUUCAACAGUUGCUUAGUGCAGUUGAUUUUUGUCAUAGCAGAGGUGUCUAUCACAGGGAUUUGAAACCAGAAAACUUACUAUUGGAUGAUAAUGGAGUUUUGAAAGUAUCGGAUUUCGGAUUGAGUGCACUUGUUGAAUCAAAUUGUCAAGAUGGUUUGCUCCACACGACUUGUGGAACUCCAGCAUAUGUUGCUCCUGAAGUUAUCAGUAGAAAAGGCUACAAUGGAGCUAAAGCUGACAUUUGGUCUUGUGGAGUAAUCUUAUAUGUUUUGUUGGCUGGUUAUCUCCCAUUUCAUGACGCAAAUCUAAUUUUGUUGUACAAGAAAAUAAGCAAGGCAGAAUAUAAGUUCCCUAACUGGUUUUCACCUGAAGCACGCAAGUUGAUAGCGAAAAUGCUCGAUCCUAACACGAGUACUAGAAUUUCCAUUGCAAAAAUAAAGGAAACUCAUUGGUUUAAAAAAGGGUUAAAUUCCAAGGCAGUUCAGACCAAUAAUGAAGUUAAGAAAUUAGAACCUUUUGUGGCUGAUGCAAGUUUAGGUCCUGAUGAGAAUAAUACAAGUUUUCUUGAAGAUAAGAAAGAGUUGGGCAGACCUACAAGUUUAAAUGCUUUUGAUAUAAUCUCUCUUUCAAAUGGGUUUGACUUGUCAGGUUUUUUCACUCAAAGUUACAAGGAGAAAGAAACUAAAUUCACUUCUAUGCACUCUGCCUCAACCAUUGUAUCUAAACUAGAAGACACAGCUAAGACUCUGAGGCUGGAAGUAAAGAAGAGGGAUGGAGGGUUAUUGAAAUUGGAGGGAUCUGAAGAAGGUAGAAAAGGAGCAUUGUCUAUUGAUGCAGAAAUAUUUGAGUUUACUCCAUCUUUUCAUUUGGUAGAGAUGAAGAAAUCGAGUGGCGAUACACUGGAAUAUAAGCAAGUAUUAGAAGAGGGUUUAAGGCCAGCUCUCAAGGACAUUGUCUGGGUAUGGCAAGGGGAUCAGCAGCAGCAACAACAGAAAGAAAAACAAGCACAAUCUUCGUAGUAAACCUUUCUUUUUUUGGCUUCAUGAGCUGGUCUAUUCUUUUAUUCGAAAUAUUAGAAUACAUUUGGUAAAUUUGUAUACAUAAAUAACUGUUCAUUUUUGUAAGACUCACAUCUAACUGUGUGUUCUUGAGCCAACCAUAACCAUCAAUUUCCAAUCUUUUAUUCA